AUGCUCCAUUUAUCUAUCUAUCUAUCUAUUUCACUCUGUUUAUCUAUUUAUUUCUGUCUGUUCAUAUCUGACUAUUCAUAUAUAUCUCACUCUGUUCCUUCUAUCUAUCUCAGUCAGUUCAUGUCUGUUUAUAUCUAUCUAUUUAUUUAUCUGUUCAUGUCUGAUUGUUCUAUCUAUCUCAGUUCAUUCUGGUCACAUCUGUUUAUAUCUAUCUAUCUAUCUAUCUAUCUAUCUAUCUAUCUAUCUAUCUAUCUAUUUCAGUCUGUUUAUAUCUAUCUAUCUAUCUAUCUAUUUAAGUCUGUUUAUAUCUAUCUAUUUCAGUCUGUUUAUAUCUAUCUAUCUCAGUCUGUUUAUAUCUAUCUAUCUAUCUCAAUCUGUUUAUAUCUAUCUAUCUAUCUAUCUAUCUAUCUAUCUAUCUAUCUCAGUCUGUUUAUAUCUGUCUAUCUAUCUAUCAAUCUCAGUCUGCUUAUAUCUAUCUAUCAAUCUCAGUCUGUUUAUAUCUAUCUAUCUAUCUAUCUAAGUUUGUUUAUAUCUAUCUAUCUAUUGUAUUUUCUAUCUUAUAAUGACUAUGAUAUUAUAUUCCUUUCUCAUGAACACUCAUCUCAGAUUUUUCUUUCACUGUUAUGA